GUCACGCAUCCGCACCGAGCUUGCGCCCCGCCUCCGUCUCGCCUCUUCACCAGCCCGACACCGCAGCAGCCCGCAGAUAGAAACACAGAUGGUGUACUCAGUCGAGAUCGACUCGGCGGGAAACUUCCGCGACCGCGAGAACCGCGUCAUCACCCUCCGCGGCAUCAAUCUCUCCGGCGACUCGAAGCUCCCGGCGACGCCUGCAAUCCCUUCACACGUCUCCGACAACUUCUUUGAUGGCGACAACGUGUCCUUCGUCGGCAAGCCGUUCCCGCUCGACGAGGCCGACUCGCAUCUUGGACGCAUUGCGAGCUGGGGGUUUAACGUCGUCCGAUACGUGUUUACAUGGGAGGCGCUGGAGCACGCUGGACCUGGACAAUAUGACGAGGAGUUCAUUCAGAGCACGAUCCAGCUCCUGGCUAAGAUUAAAGAGUUUGGCUUUUACUGCUACAUGGAUCCCCACCAAGAUGUCUGGAGUCGAUUCUCCGGAGGCUCUGGUGCGCCGAUGUGGACCCUAUACGCCGCCGGACUAGAUCCGACCUCGUUCGCGUACAACGAGGCGGCCUUGGUCCAAAACACAUGGCCCGAUCCCGCAACGUUCCCCCGCAUGACCUGGGCGACAAACUACGAGCGCCUCGUCUGUCUCACCAUGAACACGCUCUUCUGGGCCGGACGCGAUUUCGCGCCGAACGCGAUCAUCGACGGGGUUAAUAUCCAGGAUUAUCUACAGGACCAUUUCAUCAACGCUGUAGCGCAUUUCGCAGAGAAGAUCGAGGCGUCGGGGAUCGACGAUGGGUUCAUCCUGGGAUGGGAAACAAUGAACGAGCCUAACCGCGGCAUGCUCGGAUUCCAUGAUAUCUCUGUGAUUCCCGACCACCAGAAAUUCCGCUCGUACACCUGUCCUACACCGUACGAGUCUCUUUUACUCGGCAGCGGGCGAUCUCUCGACAUUCCCAUAUUCCAAUUCGGACCUCUAGGUUCCUACAAGAGCGGGAGUAAGAUCGUGAACGAGACCAAGCGGUCGGCGUGGAUCCCGGAGGAUUAUGACGAUUCCCGGUAUGGAUGGAAACGCAGUCCUUUGUGGAAAAAGGGGUCAUGUAUCUGGGCACAGCACGGCGUAUACGACGCAGAAAGCGGGAAGCUUUUAAAGUCAAACUACUUCCUGAAGAAUCCUGACGGCGUCGAUUUGUCGGGCGAGCAGUGGGCGGAUGUCUACUACAUCAACCACUGGCACAAGUACGUUGACGCGAUCCGCAACGUCAAUCCUGACGCGAUCGUGUUUGCUCAGACACCUGUACUUGCUAUCCCGCCCGACUUCAUCAAAAUGGGCGCGGUCAAGCCGCGAAUGGUCUUCACACCGCAUUACUACGAUGGCCUGACACUGAUCCGAAAGCACUGGAGUAGCUACUGGAAUGUUGACGUUGUCGGCGUUUUGCGCGGCAGAUACUGGUCCCCCGCGUUUGCGCUCCGCUUCGGCGAGCGGUCUAUCCGAAACUGUCUUCGUGACCAGCUCACGUGUUUGAAGACCGAGGGAAUCGAAAAGUUUGGCCGAGGUGUGCCGUGCUUGAUGAGCGAGAUCGGGGUGCCGUUUGACAUGAACGACAAGAAGGCGUACGAGACCGGCGACUACAACGCGCAAGUUCGGGCGCUGGACGCAAACAUCUUUGCGCUCGAAGGCUCGAUGCUGCAUCACACAUACUGGACAUAUGCGGCGUGUAACACCCACCAAUGGGGCGACCACUGGAACGGCGAGGACCUGAGUUUCUACAGUGGCUCGGACGCAGCUCGGAAGCCGCCUACGUGCUCUAAAACGCCGCAACUGUCACAGCUAUCGCUCGAGUCAUCAGCAGCGACGGACUCGGCAUCUAGUGUCUCGCUCAUGACCAUGGACCCGUACCGGUCAACAGGCUGGUGGUCGAUGAGGGCAGAUUACGUCGGCAGCAGGGCCGCGCAGGCGUUUGUGCGCCCGUUCCCUCUUGUUACGGCGGGCUUGCCGCGAGAAUACGGCUUUGAUCUCGCAAAGAAGGAGUUUUCGAUGGUCAUCGUCGCCGACGAUAACACGGGCCAACCCAGCAACGCGACACAGAUCCAUGUGCCUGAGCUGCACUUUCCCAACGGGGUCAUGGACGUUCGCAUUUCCUCUGGUCGGUUUGAGAUUGAUAAAGUUGCGCAGCGACUACGCUGGUGGCACGACGACGGCGUGCAGAGUAUCAGGAUCUUUGGAUUAGCUAGGGAUAGCAGCUACACUGCGUCGAAGGAAGCCGACGCAGACACGAUAUGUUCUGGGUGCUGAUGGGAGCUGGUUUUAGAUCUGGGUUGUGAUUUUGGGGUGCUCGGUUUUCUUCUCGUUCAGUUUCUGCUUUUUAGUGCCUUUUCGUUACUUUAGAUAGAUUACCUAAUGGAGGAAUCGAAAUAUACAAAUAGCAUCAAAGUAGGCGGCUCACGCCAUUGUUACUGCACGGAGAACGCGUAGUCUAUCUCAGAGCAGGCUUAUCUUUAAGGUGAUGUUUAUUCAGCACAUGCACUAUAUUAACCUGUAACCAUCCAAUGUAUCAAACCCAAAUAACCCGAAGGUACAGCCCCCAUCUCAGUUUUUCGUGGCCUCCAAGGCAACAUACGACGGGA